UGGAAAAAGACAGCCUACGUCACGUGUGUGAAAAUGUUACUAAAUUUUGGACUGCUGUUUGAGUAGCUCGAUGUAAGGACAGCGCGGUAUCUAUUUGGUGUGUAGCGCAUAAAGAAUCAGUCCGGAUCCAUUAUCUUCAAUAGAAGUUUGACAAAACGCCAAGAUGUCUGCAUAUGAUGAAGAAGAAUCUAAGUUUAUGCGAAAGGUGAAGGAGAAUCCUUUUGUCCCAAUAGGAAUGGCAGGAUUCUUUUCCAUUGUGGGCUACAGACUUUACAAGUUGAAGAGCCGUGGAGACAUGAAGAUGUCAGUGCACCUUAUCCACAUGCGUGUUAUGGCCCAAGGAUUCGUGGUGGGAGCUAUGACCAUUGGUGUCAUUUAUUCCAUGUACAAAGACUACAUUGUGAAGCCAAGAGAAGAACUAAAGGCAUUGCAACAGCAGACUGCAUUUCAACACAAAUAACCUGAUAUGGAUAUGGACUCUUUUGGAUUGAUAUUUUGUAUGUCCCCUUAAUAUUACCUCAGUUUGCCAUAAGUUGUAUAUCUACACCUUUCCCACAUAUAACACACCUCUUAAUGUACUAGGUAGUUUUAAGGAAUUCUCACUCACCAAGAAUGUCUACUGCACUCUUUUUAGACGAAGAUGCCAUGCCUUACCUCAACUCAGUUUUGAGUCUCCAUAUCUUCAAAAUGUGUGUGUUUCCUGUGGGUUGUCACUUUGAUGAGACAUAGAUAUGAGCCAACUGUAACUACCUGAGAUGGUAUUGCAUCUUAGUGACACACAAAACAUGACGUAUGAGAUUAUUGUGAAUGCAAGCCUGUUGACGGUACGUGGUUGACUAGAGGACAAUUGGUCAUGGAAACUCACAUUCUUAAAAAAAAAAAAAAAAAAUGUUUUAGAUUUUAGGA